AUGGCCAAAAGUGGAGAGGCCCUGACUCCGGACUGUCCAGCACCGGUCCAGGAGCCUCACCUCAUCAAGGUGACAGUGAAGACACCCAAAGACAAGGAGGAUUUCUCGGUGACAGACACAUGCACCAUCCAGCAGUUGAAAGAGGCGAUAUCUCAGCGCUUUAAGGCCCACCCUGAUCAGCUGGUCCUCAUCUUUGCUGGCAAGAUCCUUAAGGAUCCUGACUCACUGACACAAUGUGGAGUGCGAGAUGGACUUACUGUUCAUCUGGUCAUUAAGAUGCAGCGCUGCACAAAGCGCACUGAAUGCUCAACUUCUUCAGUGUCUUCUCCAGCCCAAAGCCCCGGACCGCUCCCUCAGCCAACCUCCAUUUUCCCAUCAGAUGGGUCUCCUAGUUUCAGCUUAGGUGUCCUCACAGGUCUCAGUGGGCUAGGCUUGACCUCUGGUAGUUUCCUUGACCAGCCAAACUCAUUGAUGUGGCAGCAUGUGUCUGUACCUGAGUUUGUGGCUCAGAUUAUUGAUGACCCUUUCAUCCAGGGUCUGAUAUCCAAUUCAGAUCUGGUGCGCCACCUGGUUCUUGACAACCCACACAUGCAGCAGCUGAUCCAGAACAACCCUGAGAUUGGGCACAUUCUCAACAACCCUGAAAUCAUGCGGCAGACGGUGGAGUUUCUACGCAACCCUGCCCUGAUGCAAGAGAUGAUGCGUAGCCAAGACCGGGCUCUCAGUAACCUGGAGAGCAUCCCGGGUGGCUAUAAUGUGCUUCGCUCUAUGUAUACAGAUAUUAUGGACCCAAUGCUUAAUGCAGUCCAGGAACAGUUUGGUGGCAAUCCCUUCGCUACUGCCACUUCUGCUGAUAACACCACCAGCAGUAGUCAACCUUCAAGGACUGAGAAUUGCGACCCUCUUCCUAACCCCUGGGCUCCCACAAAUGGAACUUCAGGUGGUAGACAAGGAAGGCAGCUCAGGGACCUGGAUGCACCUGAACUUAGAAAUGAGAUCUCCAGCUUUCUGAAUGUAAGACUCUAUGAGUAUCUCCGUCAAUUAUCUGAGAACCCCCAGUCCCUUGGAAUUUACAUGCAGGGAACUGCAUCUUCUCUUAGUCCAAGCCAGGAACCAGAUUCACCAGGAAACCAACUCCCUCCAACUUCAUCUUCAUCCCAGGAACCUCAGUCAGGCCAGCUUCUUCCCAAGGAGUCAGUAGCCAUCAAGGAAAACUCCUCCUGUCCAGCUUUCAUGAGAUACUCCACAGAGGACAGUCCUGGGCAAAGUGGAGGCCUAUCUGGGGCAGGGAAGGGCUCUACUGGCCAGAACAUCAAUAUGCCUGAUCUUGUCUCAGGGCUGGGGGACUCUGCUAAAAAUCCCCCAUUAGCUCCUUCACCCUCUUCCCCAAUGACAGCCCCUUCUGGAGUACCUGAGCCUGCCUGGCUGCCUUCACCAAUUUACCCCAGAUCAUCAAGGUCAGCUAACCCAAGUCAAGGCUUCCAGCUACAGGAUGAGAUGCGCUGGCAGCUGCCUCUGUUUCUGCACCUACAGGCAGCUGUGGCUAAUCCCCGUGCCAUGAAUGCCCUGCUGCAGAUUGAGCAGGGUCUGCAGAUCCUAGCAACAGAAGCUCCACAGCUCCUGCUGGGGUUCUUGCCUUGCUUUUCUGGGCUGGGGAAUACAACAGGGGGUACAGAACCUAGAGAGGGUGUCACUAUUUCCGGGACUCCUCCCCAAACCCCAGCUCGGUUGGACUUCCUUUCAGCCCCCUUCCUUCAGAUGUUACAAGCCUUAGCUAGUACCAAUUCCCAGCAGCUGCAACCCGAAGCUCACUUUCGGGUACAAUUGGAGCGACUUCGGGCCAUGGGUUUCUUGAAUCCUGAGGCCAACCUCCAGGCCCUCAUUGCCACAGGAGGUGAUGUGGAGGCUGCUGUGGAGAGGCUGAAGAAGUUAUAG